AUGCAGCUGCAAAACCUCAAGGCGGUAAGCGAAUUAAACAAGGAUAAGCCGCAUCGCAGAUGGUGCUGCCAAGCAAAUGACGCAUGGCACAGCGCCAUUCACGCCGAUGACGACACCGACGUCUCUGAACUACAAAUGGCCAACGUGGAGGUCGCACUGGAGGGAAUGCUGAGCGGUGCAUCGCUGCCGUCCAGUGAGAUGCUCCAGUGCGUCCUGCGCCACGCCAAUGUGACGACCAACACGAAUUACGCAGAGUUCCCAGGCCCGAUGUGCACGCCUCUCUGCAGGAAAGACAUCGUUCGCCUACGUCAGCACGCGUACACGUUCACGGAAAAAAGCGAUGGCAUCCGUGUAGUGGUGGUUUCCAUGUGGAAGCCUCGUUUCCCCUCAUGGAUGGCCGAUGACACAGCCGAUGCCAGCGCUUCGUCGGUGAAUCUUUCUCACCUCACAAGCAUCUUGGCGUUAGAGCAGGCACGUCGUGCGCUACACCGGCUUACCGAUCAGAGCAAAGAAGCUGCUGCUCGCGUGUCCCUCUCUCUUGGAGGGCGGAGCUGUUCACUCGAGCCGCUGUCCAAACUCGAGCCUUGUGAGUCGGAGUGUUUCACACUGACGGUGGCGACUGACACUGAUGAUGCUUCGUUCUCAGCAGUGACGUUGCAGCGCCACCAGCGUGGCCGCCAUUUCACCUACGCGGUGGACCGCUCGCUCGACGCCGUUUACCUCUUCAUGGAUGAUCAUACGACUCUUGAGUAUCAUACCUUCGUGCUGGAUGCAGAGCUCAUGUCGGUGCACCGGUCUGCGACUACCUCGCCUGGAGUGCCUCGCUUGGUACUUGGGGCAUUUGAUCUCUUCUCUUACGCGGGGGCAGCAGACAGGGUCUUGGUGAACUUGGCAGCGUGCACCAUGGCAGAGCGCUAUGAUGCGCUCAAGACGCUGGUGCAGACCUGCGCAUUACCUGUCACCUCUGACGAAUGCGGGUACGUGUCCUGGUACGUCAAGGACAUGUGGGCUCUCUCUGAUAUUGAGGACUGCCUGGCAAAGCUGCGCUACUGCACCGAGUCGCAGUGCUUCCUCUACGAGGGCCCUUACGGCCCAACGGAGAAUGAUGGUCUUAUCUUCACUCCCAACGACUUCCCUGUGGCUGUGGGCUCCAGCAACGUGCAGCUGAAGUGGAAGUGGCGGCACCUUCUCUCCAUCGACUGGCUUCUCCAGGCGUCUGACAAGCAGCCCGACAUGUACAUCGUCUCUCUGUUUUUCAUGAAAAAGAACUACGGCUAUCGUGAGGACGUGGCAGGGCACUGGCGGUUGCGCAAGCCAAUGCGCAUCCUCAACCCGCGCGGCUUUGAAGUCCCGGUAGACGCGGCUGUAGUAGCUGAGUGCGCCUUCGACUCAGAAACACAGCAGUGGUACAUUCAGCGCCUACGACCCGACAAGCUUGGCGCCAACUCUAUCAUCACCGCCAUCUCGGUGUACGAGAGCCUCGUGGAAAACAUCUCCCUUCCCCACCUACUCGAACUAUUACAGGUGAAAACGGCGGAAGCGAAGAGGCAAGCCGACACCUUGGAGUGCGCCGCCCGCCCACGCGUCGGCGCAGCAGAUGCAUCCGGGAUGGUCUCCAGCAUCGUGGACGCCGCCGAGGCCGAGAAGUUUGUAACAGCCAAGUUAACGCUGCGCGCCAUUCGUGAAAGUCGCGGAAACGCCGAGCUUUACCUCAAUGCCUACACAAACAGCACGAACAAGACGGUCAUGCAUCCGCUACCGUUUCCUCUUCGAAAGAUACGCGACUGCAUCGGGCUUGGCUACCACCCAGGUGCCGGUAGUGAGGCACUGGUGCCGAGUCUUGAGGAGGCGCUUUACAUUCAACUGGCGAACGCUGGUGGGUGUUAUGCGUGGUCGGACUACGUGGUCGACGCCUCCUAUGACGGCGACAGUGGCUACUGGGAGGUCAUCCACACCAACCCUCAUGGGAACAACAAGGAAGCCAUCUUCGACAACGUCAUCGAACAUCUUGACUGGCUCUUGCGACACCGCACAGCGCCGGAGGCAGCGACUCUAUUGCAGCGCCGGAGGGACGCGCCACUGGUGGUGAGCCGCCCGCCCAGCUUCGAGGCAACUCAGCACACGAACAGGCACUACAGCAGCGUCGCGAAGGAACUAGUCAACGCGGAGCGCAGUGACCUUCGCCGCUUCAACAACUGGGUGAAGUCUGUGCUACUCACUACCACAGCAGCGGCCAUCCGGGACGCACUUAAGCCUCCGGCAAAGCUACAUGUGUUGGAUGUCUGCGGAGGUCGUGGCGGCGACCUGCUCAAGUGGCAGCACAUCCGCCCCGCCUUUCUCUUCAUGACGGAUGCCUCGGUUGAGUGUGUGGCGGAGGCGGCCGCCCGCUACAGCACGUCCGAGGGACAGAGCGUGAAGGUGGCCCACGGGAAGAAGGGAUUCCCGGCGUUCUUUGCCGUGCACGACGCCUUCGACGAGUCCUCCGGACUGCGGGAGGACCUCCUUAAGCGGGGGCCAUUUCAGCUUACCUCAUGCCAGUUCUCGAUGCACUAUGGGUGUCGGUCAAAGGAGGGCAUGCAGUAUUUUGUCAAGGCUAUCGCAGACUCCUUGGCGCCGCACGGGCGCUUUAUCGGCACCACCGUGAGCGAUGCAGAGCUUCUUAUCCGCGCCAAGGAGCACGGCGCAGAAUUCGGCAACGACGUGUACGAUGUGCGCUUUAGCGCUGAAACGUUUGCGGAGCUAAAAUCCGUGAACUUCGAGCCUUCUACCUUGUCGUUUGGAACCCCGUACGUCGCAAGAGUGGAGCGCAGCGUGCAGGACAUGACGGAGUACGUGGUACCAUGGGACGCCUUCGUAGCACUCUGUGCGGAGCACCAGCUCACGCUCAUGCUGGAAGACAACUUCAUGCACUACUACGAUCAGCACAAGGACACCAAGGCUGGCAACGCGAUAGCGCUGGAGCAGUGCCGCAAACGCAGCAGCAAUGGCGACGUCGUGGACUCUCCGCUCUCACCGAGCGAACGAGCUGCGGUGGGGCUCUACCGACUUUUUGUGUUUGAAAAGACGAAGGUGAAGCUCUCCCGCUGCGGGCCGGCAGAGGGAAGGCAAGGCAGACGCGCUGAAUGA